GUCGAGUGUUACGCUAUGUCACCCACUCACAGCACUCUCUAAGUUCUAGUAGAUGACGGCAGAGACUCAAAUGGAUAAGGCAGCAACCAAACCGGAGCCUAAAUUUUCCCCUGCACCAAAGCUGCGUGGAAUGGCUACUAGAGCCGUUGAGAAAGGCGGCGCCGGCGAGGAAACGGAAGGGGAUGAGGGAGGCCGUUCUGAUGGUUGUGAUGAUGAAGGAGAGGACGGGUCGCUGGACAUGGAGCCGAUGGAUUUGGACGAGUGUCUUCGCAAUCUGCCGGUGGUUGCGGCGGAAGAGGUGGUUCAGCGCCGGCUCAACCGCCUUAGAAAGCUCAUGGCGGUGUACCGCGGGCAGUACUGGGCGCUGCUGGAGGAGCUGCGCGCCAAGUACCGCCGCUUUUACAUGCGCACGGGGCAGAGCGGAUGGAAACAGUCCGCGCCUGCAGCAGGCGCGCAUCCUUCCGCCAUGGGGGUGACAGGGGGAGCGGGAGAAGGCGGCGAGUUCCACUUUCCGCCUGCUUCCCGGCCCCAUGCGCUUCUUCCGCCUCCGCCGCCCCCCUUGCGCCCCUUCCCCGAGAGACAUGGGUUUCAGGGCAGCUGCUGGGCUGGGCGCAGAAGAGGGUGGCGGAGCAGGGGGGGAGGGCGGAACAGCAAGGGGAAGCGGAGCAGCGGGGGAAGGCGGAGCAGCACGGGGAAGCGGGGCA